AUGUUCAGCUUGAUAUGGAAAGAGCUAGGUCAGUGUUGCAAUGCUUCUGAACGGCUGGUGGUAACCAAGGAAAACACGCCGCUGGGAUCCAUCAUCAAUUUAGAUGGUGACAUAUAUUCCAAUAUAACUGCGGAUGCCGAGCUGAGAAGUGUUCUAUUGAAGCUGUUCAAACUCUUCUUUAAAACUCCUGUGUUGGCGUACCCGCAACUUCUGGAGGCAACCCGCCCCCCUAAUGAAUUGUUUAAGGAAUUUCUUCUUAGUUCUAGAUUCAAAAAUUUGUUGGGCUAUGAGACGGAUUUUAUCAACGCUCUUCGGGCCUACCCAAACGCCCUUUUCCUCAUCCCGGCGAUAUCCUUUAAUUAUCAUCUUAAAGUCGGCUACCAUGCUAUACGCAUCAUGAAGGAUGUCGGCCUGGCCCAUAAGGCAUUCUUUCUCCACCCACACUACCUGUCUGCCCUCGAUAGGUAUUGGAAACUGAAAAGGAUGAGGGAACUACGCCUAUCCACUGGUUUUAUGUUCACCAGUUUUGCGCUGGAAUUCUGUGACGACAUCACUCUCUAUGGCUUUUGGCCUUUUUUUUAUGACCUAAAUGGGAAACCAAUCAGUCAUCACUACUAUGACAACGUGUUGCCGCUUCCUUUUGUUCACAACAUGUCUGAAGAGUUCUCCCAUUAUCUCAAGAUGUCUGCCCAGGGUGUCUUGCACCUACACCUUGGCGCAGCCUGGGCCUGGGGCCGCCAGGAAGCCUCUGCCUUUGUGGCGGUUAAACACCUCCUCAUCUCCAACGAUGUCCUCGUCCAGUAUAGUGAGCACUUGCUCCUCGUGCUCGCUUGUGACGCUUCACCCUACGGGGUAGGCACUGUCCUCUGCCAUCAGCUACCCAGUGGGGCGGAGGUGCCCGUAGCCUUUUUCUCCCAUACCCUAUCUGCCUCCGAACGCAAUUAUGCCCAAAUCGAUAAGGAGGCUCUUGCCAUUGUAGCCAGGGUACGGCGUUUUCACCAUUACUUAUACGGCCGGCCUUUUGUAAUUGUCACCGACCACAAACCGCUGCUCGGUUUGCUGGCCGGCGACCGCCCUGCCCCGCAAGUUCUCUCUCCACGGAUGACACACUGGUUUGUUUUCCUUGCCUCCUAUGAGUACCAGCUGAACCAUCGCCUGGGGAAGCAGAUCGCCCAUGCCGAUGCACUCAGCCGUUGCCCCCUGCCGGAGGCCCCCGAAGACCCUGCUGCUGUCGCCCCAGUAUUCCUGAUUGACAACCUCAACUUGCCAACUUCUGCCGCCGACAUCGCCUGGUUGUCCGCAAGGGAUCAGGUAAUUUCCCAGGUGCUAGACUGGGUUAGGCGAGGGUGGCCAAAAUACCCCGUGGAUCCUGUUUUCCUGCCAUUCAAGUCCCGCCUGGCAGAGCUGUCCGUUCAGCGCGGCUGCCUGCUCUGGGGCCACCAAGUAGUGGUGCCGGCCUCACUGAGGACUACUGUCCUGCAGCAACUACAUCAUGCCCACCCUGGCAUCGUCCGGAUGAAGGCCCUGGGCCGUAGUUAUGUGUGGUGGCCUAAACUUGACCAGGACAUAGCUGCCCAUGUCGCGGGGUGUCCGAAAUGCCAGAGCGCCCAGGCUUUGCCUCCCAAAGCCAAGCCCCGUACCUGGGAACCGCCAUCCUCACCCUGGUCCUGGGUGCACGUCGACUUCGCGGGCCCCAUUCAGGGCCGUAUGCUUUUCAUCGCUGUGGACGCCUUCUCAAAAUGGGUUGAGGUCGUCCACAUGCCAUCCACUACUGCUGACGCACUCGUCGCAACCCUCCACCACCUUUUUGCCACUCACGGCCUUCCUGACGUGCUGGUGUCCGAUAACGGACCGCGUAUCCAACACGCUCUCAUCUCCCCCUCCCAUCCGGCUAGUAAUGGUUUGGCGGAGCGCGCUGUGCGCUCCGUCAAAGAAGCCCUCGCCAAAAUGGAUCACCUUCCUUGGCAGCAACGCAUAGACGAUUUCCUACUUGCCCACCAUUCAACCCCCUCCCCAGAAUCCAAUACCAGUCCGGCGGAGCUGCUCAUGGGUCGCCGGUUGCGAACGACCCUUGACUGCCUGCACCCAGCCUACGCCACCCCAACCCUCUUAGAUUCCCGUGGGGGUACCCGCUCCUUCGGCCAGGGGGAGGCAGUGUAUGCCCGGAAUUACGGAGGGCAUCCCUUGUGGCUACCGGGCAUUGUGGUUGACCAGACCGGACCCUGCUCCUACAGGGUCAGGCUCAAUGACGGCAGAACUUGGAGAUGCCACUGCGACCAGCUGCGGGGCAGACACCAGCCGCCAACCAACCUGCAGCCACCAACAGAUCCACAACUUCGAGCAAGCGACGCGGGGCCCAGGAGCGAGGAAGCCGCGAGACAACAUACAACCUGUGCCCCAAACCGAAGCGGCGACUUACCUGGGUCAGGCUCAACGACGGCAGAACUUGGAGAUGCCACUGCGACCAGCUGCAGGGCAGACACCAGCCGCCAACCGACCUGCAGCCACCAGCAGAUCCACACCUUCGAGCAAGCGACGCGGGGCCCAGAAGCAAGGAAGCUGCGAGACAACAGACAGCCCGUGCCCCAGACCGAAGCGGCGACUUACCUGGUGGGCUGGCACCGUCCUUGGCUCGUCGACGACCUGAGCGAUCGCCAUCCUGUGAAGAAGGGUCCUCGGCAGGGCAUCCAGAUCCUCCAGGCAGCACCGAAGGGCCUCGCAUGUCCGGCCAAAUCAGGCGGCGGCCAGCGUAUUUACAAGACUACGCAUGCGCGAGCUUAG